AUGGACCGCGGCACGCUUACUACGGGCAACGGCAACCCCGUCACCAACAACCAGACUACUCAGACCGCCGGCUUCUACGGGCCGGCGCUGCUGCAGGACUUCCAUCUGAUUGACAAGCUUGCGCACUUUGACCGCGAGCGCAUCCCCGAGCGCGUUGUGCACGCCAAGGGCGCGGGUGCCCACGGGUACUUCGAGCUGACCAAGGACCUCUCACAUCUGACCUGCGCCAAGUUCCUGAGCGGGGUCGGCAAGCGCACGCCAAUCUUCACCCGCUUCUCGACUGUCGGCGGCGAGCUGGGCUCGGCCGACACUGCGCGCGAUCCCCGCGGCUUUGCCGUCAAGUUCUACACCGAGGAGGGCAACUGGGACAUGGUCGGCAACAACACCCCGAUCUUCUUCAUCCGCGACCCGCUCAAGUUCCCCGACUUCAUCCACACCCAGAAGCGCGACCCGCAGACCCAUCUGAAGAGCCCCACAAUGAUGUGGGACUUUUGGUCGCUGGUGCCCGAGUCGCUGCAUCAGGUCACCAUCCUGAUGUCCAACCGCGGCACACCCGACGGCUUCCGCCACAUGCACGGCUACUCGAGCCACACCCUGCGACUGGUCGCUGAGGACGGCUCUUCCCACUACGUCAAGUGGCACUUCCGCACCGACCAGGGCGUCAAGAAUCUGUCGGCAGCCGAGGCCGAGAAGCUGGCCGGCACCAACCCCGACUAUGCUACCGAGGACCUGUUCAGCGCCAUCGAGAAGGGUGACCACCCGUCGUGGACCGUCUACCUCCAGGUGCUGACCGAGGAGGAGGCCCACAACUACAAGUACGACGUGUUUGAUGUCACCAAGAUCAUCAGCCAGAAGGACUUCCCGCUGCAGGAGGUCGGCCGCAUGGUGCUGAACCGCAACCCCGAGAACUACUUUGCGGAGGUCGAGCAGGCCGCCUUCUCGCCGUCGCACAUGGUCCCCGGAAUUGCGCCCACGCCCGACCGCAUGCUGCAGGGCCGUCUGUUCAGCUACCCAGACACCCACCGCCAUCGCCUGGGCGCCAACUACCUGCAGCUGCCGAUCAACCGCCCAAAGAACCAUGUGAACCACCACCAGCGCGACGGCCCCAUGGCCUUCUACAAUUUCGGCAGUGCCCCGAACUACGAGCCCAACUCGUUCGGCGGACCCUCGCAGAGCGCUGGCGCUGUCGAGAUUGCCAGCAACUCCGCGGUGUCAGGAAAUGUUGCGCGCCACCAGUACCAGCUGACGGAUGCCGACUUUGAGCAGCCCAGGGCGCUGUACAACCUGCUGAGCGAGAGCGAGCGGACUGACCUGAUCAACAAUAUCGCUGGAACCCUUGUGGUGACGCCGGUGGUCAUCCAGAAGCGGACCCUGACUCACCUCUACCGCAUCGACAAUGACUACGGUGCACGCGUCGAGGCUGCCCUCAAGAAGCUGGGCUCAGACAUCUAG